AUGAAAUCCGUCAUUGUUUUUGCUCUGUUCGUGGCCGCGGCCGUCGCCGUCCCACUUGAUUCCAGGGAUGCCACCAUCAUCAAAAGCGAAAACAACAACAUCGGCGUUGGACCAUACAGCACCGGCUAUGAAACCAGCGACGGCAAAAUCGCUUACGAGGAGGGUGAGCUGAGGAACGGCCCAGAGGGACCAGCCAUCGCUGUCCGAGGCCAGUUCUCCUACCCAGGCACCGACGGUGUCAUUUACACCGUCACCUACACCGCCGACGAGAAUGGAUUCAGGGCGGAAGGUGCCCACCUCCCCAAGGCC